AACUGCGGCUUGGGGCGCCGACAAAGCAGCCGCACGGGGCAAAGCAGCGGCGCCGGCCAGCACAGCCGUGCUAGCCGAAACAGCCGCGCUGGCGCCUGUCGAGCUCCUCCACCUGGGAAUUUCCUAGUCUCUUUGCAGGCAAUAAUUACUUUAGAGUAUGUAUUAACAGAUGAAGAAUCAGAAGAUAAUGAUGUAAUUGCAGAGAGAGGUUCAUCUAUCAUGCUUCUAAGUUUAGCUGCCCAGUUUGCUCUAGAGAAUGGACAACAAAUUGUGGCAGAAAAAGCUUUGGAAUAUUUGGCUCAACGUUCAGAAGACCAAGAACAAGUUCUUACAGCUACAAAAUGUUUGAUUCAUCUUGUUUUUCCAAAAAUUGCUGAAAUGCCGGAAUCUGAAGAUAAAAUGAAAGAAAUGGAUCGACUUUUGACUUGCCUGAAUAGAGCCUUUGUGAAACUUUCUCAGCCUUAUGGUGAAGAAGCCUUCAGUUUGGAGUCAAGAGCUAAUGAAGCUCAGUGGUUUCGAAAAAUGGCUUGGAACUUGGCUGUGCAAUCUGACAAAGAUCCAGUGAUAAUGAGAGAGUUUUUCAUACUUUCUUAUAAGAUGUCCCAGCUUUGUCCUUCUGAUAAAGUAAUUCUGAUUGCACGGAAAACAUGUUUACUUAUGGCAGUCGCAGUUGAUCUAGAGCAAGGGAGAAAAGCACCAACGACUUUUGAACAGACCAUGUUCCUGAGCCGUGCGCUUGAGGAGAUCCAUAAAUGCAAUGAGAUCUGGAAUUUGCUGAAACAAGCAGGGGACUUCUCAAAUGAUUCAUGUGAGAAAUUGCUUCUGCUGUAUGAGUUUGAAGUUAGAGCCAAAUUGAAUGAUCCAUCACUGGAAAGCUUCCUGGAACCAGUGUGGGAGCUGCCUCAUUUAGAAUGUAAAACAUUUGAAACAAUUGCAAUAAUAGCAAUGGAAACGCCUGCACACUACCCUUCCAUUGCUCUCAAGGCCUUGAAAAAGGCUUUAUUGCUCUACAAAAAGGAAGAAUCAAUUGAUAUUUCACAAUACAGCAAAUGUAUGCACAACUUGAUUAACCUCUCAGUGCCAGAUGGGGCGUCGAGUAUAGAGCUCUGUCCGCUGGAAGAAGUUUGGGGCUUUUUUGAAGAUGCUCUGAGCCACAUUAUCCGCACUAAAGACUACCCAGAAAUGGAGAUUCUCUGGCUGAUGAUCAAGUCCUGGAAUACUGGAGUACUUAUGUUUAGCAAGAGCAAGUAUGUAUCUGCUGAAAAGUGGUGUGGUCUGGCCUUGCGUUUUCUUGACCACCUUACCUCCUUCAAGGGAAGCUAUGAAACUCAGAUGAAUAUGCUAUAUAGUCAGCUUGUGGAGGCACUGAACAGCAACAAGGGCCCAGUGUUUCAUGAACAUGGCUACUGGAGCAAGACAGAUUAGGCAAGCUCAUGGCCACAUGAAGUAUAUUGUUCUCAGAUGCUGACUGUUUAAAUUUUUGCCAGAGUUUCUCUUGAACUUUUGUUUCUGUUUUCUCAGACCCUGUUUUCAUGUUGUUGAAUAAACUUUAAGUGAAGCAUACUGAAUUUAC